AUGCCUCCCAUCCGCUCUGCACCCCAUGCCUCUUCCCCACGUGACCAAAAGCCAAAUAAAAAGUUUGCUACGCACACUUGCUCCGAAUGCAACAAGGCCUUCACCCGAUCCACUGAUCUGAGGCGUCACGCGAAGAUUCAUGACGAAUACGCCGCGCGAUACGUCUGUACUUACCCCCGUUGCGCCUACGCUACUCUCCAGCGCAGCAAUUUGAGGACCCACUUGGCUACCCACACCGGCGAGAAGAGACAUGAGUGCAAUUUGGAUGGCUGUACCUUCCGCUGCGCAGACCCCGCUUCGCUCAUCCGCCAUCGAAAGAGAAUACAUGGCUAUACCCGUCAACCACGCUUGCGCAUGCUCAAGUCCGAGCCCGACGUUAAGCCCAUCAUCAUCGACACCGACAUUAAGCCCAUUGUCAACACGAAGAAGUCCGAUACCAGCACCACGUCCAAGACUAAGGCCAAGGCUACUAAGCGCGCACCUCCUUCCAAAUCGGCUACAACGUCCUUCACCGGCGCUUCUGAUACCCUUUCCGAUGACUGGUUCGACACUGACUUCCUAUCUUUCCUCGAUUCUAUCGCUGCUACUACUGCUACUGCCGCUGCCGCUUCUCUCCAGUCGUCCACCAUUAAACCUGAUCCUGCGUACGAAUCUGCCUUCGGACCAGAUCGUCCUGGAUUGUUGGACAUCGCUCCCUUCCCCGAGACCUUCCCAUGGGACCCUCUUGCCCAACAAUUGGCUCAGCAUAUUCCUGAUGAUUCUCUGCAGUUGCCCGCUGUCAAGCCUGAUCCUGCGUGCGAGGGUGUCUUCGGACAAGAUAUUCUUGGAUUGUUGACCUUCUCCCCAACCCUCGAUACCUUGCCGUGGGACCCUCUUGUUCAGCAAUCGACCCAGCAUACUCCUUCUGCUUCAUUGCCCGAUAUCAAGGCCGAACCUGCCUCCGGACCAGAUCAUCUUCAUGGGUUGUUGAGAGUCGCUCCCUUCCCCGAGGCCAUCCCGUGCGAAGCUCCUGUCCAACAAGCGGCCCAGCAUUGUCCUUCUGCUUCUCCCCAGUUGCCCAUCAUCAAGCCUGAUCCUGCAUGCGAACCUGCCUCUGGACCAGAACUUCUUGGAUUGUUGAACGUCGCUCCAAUCCCCGAGACUUUCUUGUGGGACCCUCUUGUCCAACAACCGGUCCAACACGCUCUUGACCAGGAUCCCUGGUGGGACAUGUCGCAGUCCUUCCCCUAUAUCCCCGCUACUCCCCCUCCCCCUCAGCACACUACAAAUAUUUCCGGCCUUCAUUUGCCCGCCGAUCUUGACAAUACCUUCGACGGCAACACCUUCAAGCCCACCUGGUCGUGCUAUUCCGCCAACUGCGGCUUCUAA